AUGGCAUACGCGCUACCUCCCUCCCCAAGUUUCGACCUUCGCGCCGCAGACGCCAACAAUACUGGUCACAAAUGGACCAAGUGGAUAGAAAGGUUCGAGAACUUUCCUUUAGCGUGUGAUAUCACGGCAGAUGCACGCAAGAAAGCGCUCCUCCGGCACUGCGUCGGCGAGGGCGUCUACGACAGAUUUCGCUUCCUCCCCGACUGCCCUACACAAGCUACAACAGCUACAAGCAUGACCCAGACCACGCAGAGCCCAUCGACGCCAGAAUACGAUGCCGCACGAGCGAAACUGAGUGCAUACUUCGCCCCGCGAGUGAACUCGACUUUUGCGAUCUACAAAUUUCGCCAAGCCCAGCAAAACGUUGGUGAGCCACUGGACGCCUUCUACGCGCGCCUCCGGCAGCUCUCUCGCCACUGUAACUUGGAGAACGUCGACGCUAAAGUCCAGAACCAAAUAAUCCUCGCCACAACGUCGUCUCGCCUUCGCAAAUACGCAGUGCUUCAUUCCCUCACUUUACCAGACUUACUUAAACAAGGAAGAAUGCUCGAGGAUGUCGAACGGGAUGUAUCCGAAAUCGAAAAGAACGUCGAUAGCAAUGCGGCGGUGCUCGCAGCGCGCAAGGAAGGACAACACCAUGGCCAACACCAAAGAAACAGCCGACAGAUGCCACGACAAACCUAUGCACCGCAACGACCUCGUGUCUCAUCAGCUGAUUGUCGCAACAGCGGGGGCAAGUGGCCUCACCAAGGCGGACGAUCAGGUUGUGCUGCAUGA